AUGGUAAAUUGGGUUAUGAGUUGCGUCACUUCAACCUCAUACUCGAUCAGCAUAAAUGGAGAAAUUCACGGAUAUUUUAAAGGGCAAAGGGGUCUGAGACAAGGAGACCCCAUCUCUCCGUACCUGUUCACGCUAGUCAUGGAGGUCCUCACCUCCAUUCUUCAGCACGCGGCCAACUCUCAUGCGGGAUUUCGGUUUCACAAUAACUGUAAGAAACAAAAAAUCAUUAACUUGUGUUUUGCUGAUGACUUGUUUCUGUUUGCUAGAGGUGACACUGUUUCAGUGAAAGUCAUUAUGGAGUCUCUGAAUAUGUUUCGAGAUAUGUCCGGGCUAGUUCCAAGCUUGAGUAAAAGUACUUCUUUCUUUUGUAAUGUGCCGACUCGAGUUAAGAACCAGAUUGUGGACUUUGUGCCGUUUGCUGAAGGAUCAUUACCAAUUAAAUAUCUUGGAGUCCCGCUUAUUGCUUCGAGACUUCUUAAAAGUGAUUGCAAGGUUUUGGUGGAGAAAAUUUCUAAGCGAAUUUUAGAUUGGAAGACGAAGUUUCUCUCAUUCGCGGGAAGAUUACAACUGGUCAACUCUGUUUUAGCCGCUAUGUACUCUUAUUGGGCUGCCGUUUUUAGUCUCCUGGCUAGUAUUAUCAAGAGUAUCGAGAGGGGAUUUUUUAUGGCAACAAGCAUUGUUUCGGGUCGAAAAUCUCUUUGGGUCGAGUGGAUUUAUGCUCAUCGGCUAAGGGGUAGGAGUUUUUGGGAUGUUAAGGUGCCGCAAAACUCCUCAUGGGGCUGGAGGAAAAUUUUGUCUUUCAGGGGUUCUGUGCGCAAAUUCUUUUGGAAGCAAAUAGGGAAUGGUGAAUCCACGUCGUUAUGGCAUGACACUUGGUGUAUUCAAUGUCCGCUGAGUCGCUUUAUUUCUCCUAGAAACAUGUCUCAACAAGGUUUUUCAAUCUACUCGAAAGUAGCUGAUGUUGUUAACAAUGGCAUUUGGAGUUGGCCAGACGCUUGGAGGGAUCUCUUUCCGGUUCUAUUCCAACUGAAUCCGAUUAAUAUCACUCCGAAUAAACAAGAUAUCAUUCUUUGGCGAACCAAUGCUGGUAAACUGAUGCCAUUCUCGUCCAAGCUGGUAUGGGAGACUACUCGCUCACGUGGUAACGAAGUAGAAUGGGCAAAGCGAGAGAUGGAUUCACAUGAUCAUUUGUUUUUUGAAUGCUCGUAUUCCUCAACAAUUUUGGAUGCUCUCAAAGAGAAGUCUUGUAUGAAGAAGGUUCCUAACAAGUGGGAAGACAUCAUGAGAUGGCUGCAACCGAAAGCAAGUUCCAGAUCUUUGAACUCGGUUAUUGCUAAACUUACUAUAAAGGCGACUGCGUAUUUUGUUUGGCAAGAAAGGAAUUACAGAUUUUUUAACAAUCAAUUGAGACCGCCGGAAGUGUUAACGAGCAUCAUCAUUGAUACAGUGAAACUGAAAUUAUUAUCAUUCAAGUAUAAAGAGAAGCCGCAUGUGAGGAAGACCUUGGAUGAUUGGAAGCUGACAUCGGUGGAUACAUUCGAAGAUAACUGA